UCUGGAAACCCCUCUGGAAUCCUCACAGUCUUACUCUUCCUCUUAAAGUACCCACUCUCGUUCAUCUCCAACUCAUUCUGCAGCCUCCUCCUCCACGCCGCCAACCCCCCCUCAUCCUGUGCAUCCAGCGCGCACAGGAGCUCCCCAAACCCCGCCCUCGCUGCGCUCGCGGCAAUCUUAAUCCCACACCCGGGGACCCCCUCAGGUAAGUAAUCCCCCCCGCGCAUGAGCGCAAUAAGCACCAUGCCCUCAGGUGUUAGCCCGCUCACAGCCUCAACACACUCCUUCUCAUAAACACUAACGUGCGUAGGAGCCCUGUUCUUCCCACCCUCCCCAGACCAGUUCCUAAACGUGACCUCGCAGCCGAACAUCAGGGUGUCCACGUCCUCGGAGAGUACUGCGUCGACUAUGCCGUGUUUUUGCAGAUUUGCACAUUCGGCUUCUGCCUCUCCGGGAGCUUCGUGGUACGGGAAGCCGAAAAGUUUUAGCAAGGCCUUUGUCGAGCGGGUCAGCGUUGGGGUCAUGGUUGUGUUGGUCUUGUGGUUCCGCUUGAAGGUGGGUCGGUUGGGGCCGUCAAAGACAAACAGGGGGGUUAUAUUCAGGUGAAGGAGGCGGAUCAGACGGUAGUAGAGGGUUCGUAAUGCGGGAUUGUUUCCUCCUGUUCCCUUGUUAGUAAUUCCCGCUUUUUUCUCCCUCCCGUUCGGCUUCGAGGCGAAAGAAUGAUAGUAAGAGGCGGGAAUACCUUUUCCUGCUUGCACUUGAAAGGCCCAUAUUGAAGCAUCAACCGCGAGA